ACAAUCAAUGGGUCACGAAUGUAGGUGGCAAAACCAGACACUGAGUUGCGAUAUUGAAUGACGAGUAUCAAUAUCAGUCGCAUGCUCGACUAAUCUGAUCAAUCUAAUUGGAUGAGAUGUUGUAUCUGCUGUCGCUGUUCUGUCUUCAUUUGUUACUCUAUUCACGGCCCCUGAGAUUCAAUUGGAUCGUUUGAUGUGAAUGCUUACGCAGCAGAAAACUGGGCGCAAAAUGAAAAACGAAAGUAUAAUCGCUUCAUUUGGUCAAUUUUGUAAAAAAAAGCAAUGAGAGCAAUUGAUGGGCAUGACAUUGUAUAACGGUCAAUAUUAAGUAAUAUCAAUGUGGCGACUGAGGUAUAUAAACAUCGAGUAACGUCAAUUAAAAGUGCAGUUAGCUGACGAUUUGUGAACCGCAAACAAACGGAGAAAAAACACCCAUCAAAUCAAUUUUAAAAUGGCCUUUAAGUUUACGCUGCUCGCCUUGGCACUUGUGGUGGCCGUAGGAGCCGAGUACGAUUACACUCGGAGCACCAGCAACAAUAACCAGAAAGUAGAUGCUGUGUCCAACGAUGUGAAUUCUCUGGAACAGCACGAUUCCAGUUCCAGCUCCAGUGAGGAAUAUCGCACCAACUAUCAAGCACCCGAAACCAAUGACCAGAACUCACAGGCAACUCCGAAAGGUUACGACUAUCCCAGCCAAUUGGGCAACUCCGACUCAAAUGUCUUGCAUCCCGUGAGCAACCCAGUAGCUGCCUCAUCUUCUCUCUUCCCCGUCCCGUUGCCAGUGCUGCGCGAGGAACGCCAGCCAGAGGUCUUUCCACCAGCCAGCUACAGCUUUAACUAUGCCGUCAAUGACGAGAGCACCGGUGACAUUAAGGAUCACAGCGAGACCCGUGAUGGUUAUGUGGUGCGUGGCUCAUACAGUCUCAUCGAUCCCGAUGGCUACAAACGCACUGUUACCUACACAGCCGACGAUGUCCAUGGCUUCAACGCCAUCGUGAACCGCGUCCCCUAUGUCCUUAAAAAGGUGGCCCUUGUUUCACCCACCGUAGUGCUCGACGAGCGUUCACCUGUUAGCACUCUGGUGUCUGCUGAUUCCUCUAGCUCUGCAUCUGUCAAAGAUGGCGAAAAUACUUUGACAUCUGGCUCUGGGUCUGUCUCCGUUUCCGACUCUGGUGACAGCUAUGUCAAUGCUGCCAAUCAACGUGACACUGCUGGAGGCAUCUAUGCUUGAGUGAUAAUGGUGUCGAAUACCGUGAUCAUAUAUUGUCUAAUAGUUCUACAGAUAUUUCUAGUUUUAUAGAUUGUUUGCAUUAAAUGCGAGAGCCACAAAUUAAUCUUC